AAUAACAACAGUUCGUUGUCAAUAUCUAUAGUAUCAGCUGGCAACAAGGACCUCGGCCUUGUGCCUCGCCGACAUCAAGCUUCUGACCUAAUUCAGUUCGUCCACAGAGCGCCUGAUUUGAGCUGGAUGAUGGUAAUCGUUCUAUUCAUUUCAAGCCCAUUGCACCACCGCCAGGUGGGGCUCAUCACGGUCCUUCUCACGGCCUCAGGGGGAACUUGAGUUAUUCUUGAUUGAUCCAUUUAGCAUUCAACCGGGUGCCUCAAUUCUGGGCUGGAUUUAAAGUGCAAAGUCGACUGUUUUCUUUAUCCGCUCAUCGCCAUCAUGGAUGAAAAGUACAGUCACAAAGAGAGUUUGGCCGGAGAGAAAUUGUCCAAUGAGGACUCUCCGAGAUUCCUCUUACCAUCGGUGGACGUUCGAAGGGUUCCCUGGUGGAAGCUAGACGUGCAGAUCCUCCCCAUCGUCACGAUCAUGUAUCUCUUAAACUUCCUGGAUCGCGGGAAUAUAGGAAAUGCCCGGGUUGCUGGGUUGCAAGCGAAUCUUGGAAUGACGGAUAGUCAGUACAGUCUUCUCUUGACUGCUACGUUAAUUCCCUAUGCGUUGGUCGAAAUUCCGAGCAACUUAUUUCUAACGCGCAUUGGGGCUCAUAUUGUCCUCCCUACUUUGGUUGUCAUAUGGGGCGCAGUUACUGCAUUCCAAGGGCUGGUUACUUCUUACGGCGGCCUCGUCGCUUGUCGAGUAAUUCUAGGCUGCUGUGAAGGCGGUCUGCUGCCAGGAUUAUCUUUAUAUGUCGCGUCAUUUUAUCCACGGAGUAAGCUUCAACUCAGAAUAGCGCUAUUUUUUGCUUCGACUGCAUUGGCCGGAGCCUUCUCUGGUCUGCUGGCAUCAGCUAUCGAUCAUCUGGAUGGUCAUGAUGGGAGACCUGCGUGGAAAUAUAUUUUCAUCCUGGAAGGAAGUUUUACCGUCUUGUAUGGACUUGUCUGCUUUGUCAUUAUGCCGCGUUCCCUUUCGACGAUUCCGCUCCUGACUUCCGAAGAGUGGUCCAACGCCGAGGCACUCCUCGUUCAAGAGCAUACCAUGCUUGCAAAAGACGACGGUCAUUUCAGCUGGUCUUCGACUUUAAAUGCAUUAUUCCAACCUCAUGUACUGUUGUAUUUCGUCUUGGGAUUUUUCGGAGGUAUGUAUGUCGGAGGUAUUGAGAAUUUCGAGCCUAGUAUAGUGGAAAGCCUUGGAUAUACAGCUAACCGAGCACAAUUAAUGUCGGUUCCUCCGUAUGCCGUGGCCUGGGCGGUGAACAUCAUCACCGCUUUCGUAUCGGACCGGUAUAGGCUUCGUGGAGUCACUGUCAUGUUCCAUUCCAUGCUGGCUACUAUUGGAUUUGCCGUAUUUCUCGGCAGUAAGAACAAUCAUGUCCGAUAUGGUUCUCUCUUCCUGUUCGUCCCAGGUGUAUACUGCUCUCCUCCUUCGCUUCUCGCAUGGGCAGCCAAUAACUCGGCACCCCGGUUUAGGCGAGCAGCGGUGAUAGCUUUCUUACUGAGCUCGACCAGUUUGGGCGGUAUUUUAGCAACGUGGUUGUUCGGAUCGCUAUCCAAGGCUCCAGAUUACGACAAUGCGACUAUCGUAUCUAUAGUCUUUUCUGCUGGUAUGAUAGUGGCGGCGUUUGCGAAUAUCGUAUGGUUGAAUGCUCAGAACAAAAAGAGGAAAGCGGUGGCGAAUCCUGGACCUGUCAACGAUGACAGAAGUGACGGCUUCCUUUACAAAUUAUAGGACUCGGAACGAUUGGGAUUCCAAUGUCAUUUACUUUAUGCAAAUAUAGUUGGGUUUUACUCAUUACUUGUAGAUGUUUGACGAGUUUCAUGGUAAAUCAUGUUCUCAAUGUUUACUGCACUACGUCCACUUUUCCUCGUUUCUGGUAGUCAGAUUUAAUUACUGUACGUUUUUCAGACCAAAGUUGCCAACUUGGAGAUUCAG